CUAUCUUGACGAUCUGCUUCGACGUGGAAAGAAAGUAGAGCACCUGCAUGAACGACUCGUGAAACACUGUAGAUGAAUCCUUGACGGAUGCGAGCCUAUAAGAGACACAAGUCCCGCACUCGUGUGAAUCUCCUCGCACUUUCUUCUUCAACACCUCAAUCAAACACCACGAAAUAUCAUGGGCAGACAAGAGACCAUCCAAAUACACCCCAUGUGCUGGGAAGAUGAGCCUGACACGCAGGCAAUCUCACUGAGCGCCUUCGACCAUCUCAUGCCCCGCAUCUAUGUUUUGAUAGCUCUUGUCUUCGCUCUUGAUGCUUCUGUCAAUACAUCGGAGAUCAUUGAACAUCUCAAAGCUGGAUUAGAAAUCACCGUGGCUCAGUUUCCUGCUCUGGCGGGAACAUUGCAGACGAAUGAGAAAGAUGGUAGUCUAUGGGUGGAGAGGAAGAAAGAAAAUACAGUGGAUAUGAUUGUCAACUGGCAGAAUGGAGAGGAAGAUACUGAAUGGCCGACUUAUCGAGAGUUGGCAAGGAGAGGAUUUCCUGCUGCCAUGUUGGAGGGAGAUAAAUUGCUUCCUCGAGCCGUGACGGCCAAGCAGCUCUUCCGAGGUGAUAACGAUGAGAAAGAUACACCUGUUUCCACCUUCCAAGUCAACUUCAUCAGGGGCGGUUUGAUUCUGGGCAUUGGUGUUCAUCAUUCCGUCUCUGAUGGACCUGGCUGCGAUGGCUUUCUAUCUCAAUGGGCGGAAAACACUCGUGCUAUCAAGGACGGAAACCGUCUUCCUCGCUUCAACCCAAUGAACCUCGAUCGCUCACGUCUAAACUCAACCGCCACGCCAACUACCACACGCAUGCAAGAGUUGAGCGAAAAACUCCCUGCUUUCCGUCUCGUCAAAGAGCCACCCACACUAUCUGAAAGUUUCAUCAUGCCCUCUUUCUCACCAACAAUGUACCACUUCCACAAGCAGAGAUGCGAGCGAUUGAAAAACGAUUGCAAACCUUCAAAUCCAGAUGCAUGGGUUUCAACCUACGACUGCAUAAUGGCAGUUCUCUGGCGCGCAACCACCCGCGCCAAAAUCCCCAUGCUCACACCAGACAUGGACAAGAAAAUCAAUCUCACCCAUGCUGUCAACAAUCGCAAGAUCCUAGAUCCGCCACUGCCGGAUAGAUAUCUGGGUAAUGCGGUUUCGUUGGCUCAAGUCACGCCCACAGCUAUCAAAGAUGUUAUUGCGGAAGAUGCACUCCCUGCUAUCGCUCUCGCAAUACGCAGUUCGAUCUCUAGGAUAACACCACAGAGUAUCCAGGAUUUAGCAGAAUGGGUGGCAGGGACAGAAAACAAGUCACAUAUCAGCAUCAAUGUCGACGCAUUUCUAGGAAUGGAUCUAGCUGCGACAAGUUGGCAGCAAAUGACUUCAUACACACAGCAGGACUUUGGAUUUGGAGUGCCCAAGGCUGUGAGGUUUCCGAAGCCGGAUUGGGAGGGGUAUGUUUUUGUGUAUCCGGAGAGGGAGGAAGGUGUGGAGGUUUGUGUGCUGCUUGAGGAUGCAUGUCAGGGGAGGUUGAGGGAGGAUGAGGAGUUAGGGAGGUAUGCUAGUUUGAUGGAGUGAAUGGUUGGUUUUAUUUGGGUAGAGACUGUGGUAUGUAGGGAGGAAUAACAGACUAAGGAUAUUGGAUGA